CCUUCAUUCUCAGUGUCGCUCUGCAGGAGUCUAGGCGUGUUGCGGAUGGUCUCUCUGAACGGCGGAUUUCUACAUGACGGCGACGCCAUGAUAAGCGAGCGGCGCUCAGCUGUGAUCUUUCUGAUGGCUCUGCUGAUCCUCUGCACCGUGGCCUUCCCGCACGAAGGUCCGGACCCCAUGGCCGACAGGGUACGGCGGGACGGCCAGUGUGGAGGCAAUGAGCACAAGGACAACAACAAGUGCUGCAGGCUGUGUCCCGCUGGCCAGCGGCUGGUGUCAUCCUGCGUCAAAGACGGGGGCGUCGCGACAUGCGAGGAGUGUGACUCCGGAACCUACAUGGACCACCCAAACUACGAGAAAAAAUGUUUAACUUGCACCAACUGCCGUGACGACCAAGAAGCGGUGACUAAAUGCACUCACACGCAGGACGCUGUGUGUCGGUGCAAGGUGGGAAAGUUCUGCCCGGAUGACCAUCCCUGUGAAGUGUGCCGGACGUGCUCCAAGUGUGGUCCAGGGGAGACGGUCGCAAGGAACUGCAGUGCGACCUCCGACACGGAGUGCAAGAAGAUUUCACCUCCCCCGGACUCCAACGCUGCCGUGUUGGGUGUCGUCGUGCCCCUCGUGUUGCUCUGUCUUGUCAUCGUGGUGACAUAUUGCUGCUGCAAAAAGAAAGAAGGAAGAUGUGACUGUCUGAGUAUCUCCCAGAAGCCUGGUCCGGGCGACGAGGAGGCUCCUCCGGUAAGAGUCAGAAGUGAGAAGAGUGAUGUGUACCAGGCUUUCCUGGAGAGCCCCAGCUGCUCAGCCUCUAGCUCCCAGCACAGUAUAGCUGCUCUGCUAUUGCAGCCCCAGAUUGAACAGCCGCUGCUCCUCAGAGCCCAGACGCCGGUGCCGCCCGUCCUCGUGAGCUACGAAGAAUUCCCCCAGCUCACUCCCACCAAUGGUCCUGAAUCUCUCCGGAAGUGUUUUGCGUAUUUUGAGGACCUGGACCUCAAGUGCUACCCGAGGUUCUUCCGUGGUCUCGGCCUCCAUGAGAAUGACAUCAUCAGCAAGGAGACUCUGCACUUCAGGGAUCAGAUGAGUGCUUUGCUGAACAUUUGGCUGGAGAGCAACGGAAAGAACGCCAGCUUGAACCAGCUGCUCGCCGUCCUGCUCGAACUGCACCAGCGACAAACGGCUGAGACCAUCAAGAAACUGGCCCUGGAAAGCGGCCAUUUUGUCGUUGAGGAAAAGGAGCUUUAAGCUGCCGAUCAAAGCCACUUCUGAAGUGAGGCGAGACGCUGUUGUGGUGUGCAUAACUGAUGUGUCGGCGCCACACAGGUCUCCCUUUAUAAAAGGGCUGUGGCUCCCAGUUCUGAUCUCAGGAUUGUCGUGUAUUCAUUGGGGUGAACUUCAGACACGGAAUGAAGCUUUGUAGUUUGAAUGUAAAUCAAAGGAGACAUAUGGGAUGCUUCUUUAAUCCCAGUGCAAGAAUGUUUGUCCGUUAUUAAUGACCCCCAGUGUCUGCCUGUACAAGCACCGAGCAGGUGCCAUAUUGUUACCUGCAAUUUGCAAAGUGUUGCUGUAUUUAUGUUUUCUUAUUUCAUGUUGUUCUGACAUUGUGAUAUUCAUUUGCUCCUCGAAAUGAAUUUGAUGAAGUUGUGAUUUACUGAAUGUUGCCUCCAUUAUUUAUUCAAUAUUUAAAAGUCCCAAAAAUGUUUCAUACUUUUUAAUAUAAUAAAUGGUAUUUACCUUUGUACUUUUCAUUUUGACUCUGUACAUGUAUGCCUGUUUUUUCAGAGGUGAUAAUGUGUAUUCAUGCUGGAUACAAUGAUCAAAAUAGUUUAUUCAUGUAGCUAAGCAGAAAGACUGCAUACAAAUAAAGAUAACUGUGAUAC